UUUAUCCUUCCUUUUCUUUCCUCAUUGCUUACGCUCGUGUGCAUUACCUACUCUUUGCUUUUCUUUCGCUCCCGUCGUCUCUCGUUAGAGCCCCGUCGCCAUGGCUGAUCAGGAAGUGGAUUUGGACUCGAUCAUUGAUAGAUUGUUGGAGGUGAGGGGUAGCCGCCCUGGAAAGCAGGUUCAGUUGUUGGAAUCAGAGAUUCGUUAUCUCUGCACCAAGGCUCGGGAAAUUUUCAUCUCGCAACCCAUCCUGCUAGAGUUGGAAGCGCCAAUCAAGAUUUGCGGUGAUAUUCACGGCCAAUACUACGAUCUUUUGCGUCUUUUCGAAUACGGUGGAUUCCCGCCCGAGGCCAACUACCUAUUCCUUGGAGACUACGUGGACCGUGGCAAGCAGUCCCUCGAGACCAUCUGUCUACUCCUGGCAUACAAGAUCAAGUACCCCGAAAACUUCUUCGUUCUCCGUGGAAACCACGAAUGCGCAUCCAUCAACCGUAUCUACGGCUUCUACGAUGAAUGUAAGCGGAGGUAUAACAUCAAGCUGUGGAAGACUUUCACCGAUUGCUUCAACUGCCUCCCCAUUGCGGCUAUCAUUGAUGAGAAGAUCUUCACCAUGCAUGGUGGUCUGAGCCCCGAUCUGAACUCCAUGGAGCAAAUUCGCCGUGUGAUGCGUCCCACUGAUAUUCCUGACUGCGGUCUCCUGUGCGAUCUUCUGUGGUCCGAUCCGGACAAGGACAUCACGGGCUGGAGUGAAAACGACCGAGGUGUUUCGUUCACGUUUGGUCCCGAUGUCGUCUCCCGUUUCCUCCAGAAACAUGAUAUGGAUUUGAUUUGCCGUGCACACCAAGUGGUCGAGGACGGCUAUGAGUUCUUCUCCAAGCGUCAACUCGUCACGCUUUUCAGUGCCCCCAACUAUUGUGGAGAGUUUGACAACGCUGGUGCCAUGAUGAGUGUCGAUGAGAGUCUACUCUGUUCCUUCCAGAUCUUGAAACCAGCAGAAAAGAAACAAAAGUACGUUUACGGGGGCAUGAGCUCAAACAGGCCCAUCACUCCUCCGCGAAAGCAAAAGAAGAAGUAAGACAUACGAGCUUUUCCAUGUGCAGCAGGUUCGGACGGAGAUAAACACAACAUACCCACCCACUCAUCACCACACGAGACCGGAUCCAGAUCCCCCGCAUCAUCGAUGGCCAAUGCAUUAGACGGUCGGAAGCAGCAGAUACAACAGGUCACCCGAAAGAGCCUUACGAUAUGCAGAGCGUCAUUUCCUCCCCCGCAUACCACCUCCAGCGACUCCGAGUGAUUUCUUUUCCUUUGCGCUGAAUAUGUUAUUUUCCCUAUCUCUUUAUAUGGAAGGUACUUCUGCUCCCGUCGGGGUCGGUGUUCUACUCUUUUUUUUUUUCUUU